UGGCAGUCAGGUAAAAGAAGUAUCAGCAGUGGCUUGAUGGUGGAACAGCUCUGAGACAUUGAGACGUUACAGUUCAUUGGUAGAAGUGCCUCUGAAUUUGGAUGCCUUUGAAAUUCUAGCAGCUGUAGCGAUGCAUCACCUGGCUCUCCUUUGCCUCCUGCUCCAGCUCGGUUUCGAGCUUUCCACAUCAUCGAUUCUUCGGGUUGUACCUGGUUCCUCUUUGACGCUUCCUUGUUUCCCUUCUCAAACACACUUCAUUGGCGGGGCUGUCACCUGGAAUUACAAUGGAGGAGACAUAAGUGAAUUUCCUGCUGAGCAGUCUGACCCCGGUGCAGUCAUUAUCAAAGAUAAAUCACUGAAUAUAAUCCAUGUAACUCCUGCUAACAUGGGAUUGUAUGAGUGUGUUGUAAAGGAACACAAUAUUGAGUGGAAGAAGAAAUACACCAUUGAAGUUGAUGUGUCAAGUGACUAUAUCAUCAAAAUGAACCAAGGCAGUAUGGUUUACCUCCCCUGCCAUCGCCCAUCAUUUAGCCAAGCAAACACCUAUGCACACUGGUUCAAAGAAACUGGGGGAGGUGAGAGGAGGGAGUUGACUCCUGUAGAGGUUUCAAAGACUGGCGAGAGACUCGAAUGGUUUUACUCAGAUCCAUCAAGCAAUGAUCAGACUAUCACACUGAAAGAGCUAGGCGAGAUGGAUGCUGGAAUAUACUAUUGUGAAUCUGCCAAAGGGGAGAGGUUCAACACAAUCACCCUUAUUGUUGAUGUUGCCCCUACUGCUCCUCCUCAUUCAUGCAGUGGGUUCACCACGGCAUGGGAACCCUGCCAGGAAGAAACCAGUAGCAUAUCGGCGUCCAUUUUGAAGGAAUCCAUGACAGAGUUUUCCAUGAAGCUUUACUCCCACAUCAGCCAACUGAAGUCCUCUGCCAACCUACUCUUUUCACCAAUCAGCAUCAGUGGGAUCUUCUCGAAUCUGUUGCUAGGUGCGCGGGGUGAUACCAGAAGAGUCAUUGAAGCAGCCCUCUGUUUGCCUCAUGACUUCCACUGUGUUCACUCCCAGAUGAAAAGGCUGAAAGAGAAUCUGCUCGCCUCACUAAAGAUCGCAUCUCAGAUAUACUACAACCCAUACAUGAAUCUGAGUAAGUCCUUCACCAACCAGUCGGUGGAGUUUUAUAAUGCUGAGGCUGUCAUGCUGCAGAACAGUAGUGAGGAGAAUACAGAAAUGAUCAACAGCUGGGUGGCAAAGCACACCAACAAUAAAAUCACACAUCUGGUUGAUUCUGUACCGUCCGAAACUCAGCUGAUCCUGCUGAAUGCCGUCUACUUCAAUGGUCAGUGGAAGACCAGAUUUGAUAGCCAUGUCAAGCGCUCCCAGUUCACGAAACUAAAUGGGGACCUACAAACGGUGCCUAUCCUCUACAGCUCAAAAUACUUGGUUUCUAUGCAGUAUGUCCCUGAACUUAAGGCACAGGUGGCAAGGUUCCCCCUCACAGGUGAAACCAGCCUAUAUAUUUUGCUGCCACGCACCCAUUUACUGCCUGACUUACAAAUGACAGAGAUGCACAUGACGGAUGCAACCAUUCUUCAAAUGGUUAAACUCCUAAAAAGUGCAUAUACUCAGCGUGUUGAAGUCACCUUACCCCGCCUCAAACUGGACGUCCAGACAGACAUGAAAACCCUUCUCAAGAAACUAGACCUUUCAUCACUCUUUGAAGAUGCCAAUCUUUGUGGACUCUACGCAGAAGACAAGGUAAUUUUGAAUGAUGCCCGGCACAAAGCUUUCCUCAGAUUGACCGAAGAUGGAGUGGAGGCCAGCGCCGCCACCUCGAUUUCUUUGUAUCGCACCUUCAAUUCCUUCUCUGCCCUGCGGCCUUUCGUCUUGCUGAUCUGGAGCGACCAGGCCGAUGUGCCUCUCUUCAUGGGCAGAGUGACCGAACCGUGAGCGAGAGAGCGAGAGAAGAAAGGUGUUUGGGGAGACGGCGGGAGCAGCGUGCAAAAUCAUGCAAAGACCAGAUUUAUGUGAGUCUAACAAUAUAAAAUGUAGUGGAAAAAUAUGGUAGAAAAAAAUAAGAUGCAAGCACUUUCACUUUGAAAUUGUGCUAAUUACGAAAUUAUAUCUCACACCUUUUCAAGACUAAGUGUAGGGUUGAUAUAUAAUGCAAUCGUUGUAUAAUGGCAUCGGUAUAUAAUAGCUAAGCUGCUGAGCAUCAAAUAUUGUAUUUUAGAGUGUGCUGAAUGUAAUAGCCUAACUUGCAUACAUGGUGGGUCAAAAGUUAUUGACUUUGUGAAUCCAUGACGAGAAUGAUCUUUCAAAACAUUAAAAAAGGUACACGUCUGCAUGA